CGGAGAGAGAGAGAGAGAGCGUAGGAGGAGGAGGGGGGCAUGUUUUCUCUUCUCCAUUUCCAAGUCCCUAAACAUUCAUUAUUUUAUCUUUUAUUUCCUUUCAUUCAUUUUCAAACACACAGAGAGAAACAAAACACACACACACUCUCUCUCUUACUCGUGAGCUUUAAAUCUUUCAAAACCCCAUAACCAAGAUCUUGGGCCUUUUUGCCAAUGCAUUAAAAGCACCAAACACACACAUCCACACACACACACACACUGUGAUCUCACCCCUAAUUUCUCUCAAGUGGAUAUAUGUUUUUUUGAGGAUUUUUUAUAUCGAUAACAUAUAUAUGAGAAAAUGGAGGUUGAGAAGGCAAGUUCAAAAGGAGGAUUUCUUCAGUUGUUUGAUUGGAAUGUCAAAUCUCGAAAGAAACUCUUUUCGAAUAAACCAGAAAGUUCGAUUCAAGGAAAAGAGAAUUUACAUAAUAUGGCUUUAUCUAGGAUGCAACAGAUGAAGAAGUUACACGAGAGUAUCGAUGAUGGUCCAAGUCUGACGGGAAGUGAUUGGGCAUCUUCGUCUAUGAGUAACGAUGAUGCAAGUGGAACCAAAGCACCUGGGGUCGUUGCUAGACUUAUGGGAUUAGAUUCUUUGCCAACUUUAGAUGCCACUUCUAAUCCCGGGUUUACUUCGUUUACUGACUCUCAUUCUUUUAGGCAUUCGCAUAUUACAAACGAUUUUGAAGACGAACAUGAUUCUAUGGACUAUGGUAUGCGAAAUAAGCUCGAUGGUUUUUCGAGGAACCCAGUACAAGAUAGAUUGCGGAAGCUGCAAAAUCGACCAAUUGAGAGAUUCCAGUCUGAAGUAUUACCUCCUAGAUCGGCUAAAUCUGUACCUAUUACCCACCACAGAAUGUUAUCUCCUAUUAAGAGUCCAGGGUUUAUACUGUCCCGAAAUGCAGCAUAUAUAAUGGAAGAAGCUUCAAGGAUAAUCGGGCAGAGUCCCCAGUCAAAUCUUAAUGGAAGUAGGAGUUCUUCAAUCCCCCUUAGAAUCCGGGAUCUAAAAGAUAAGAUGGAAGCUGCACAGAGAUCAUCAUCAUCUGAAGCACAACAACAAAGACCCAAAACGUAUAGCCCUGUCAAAUCUCAGCAGCCUCGUGACAAGCGUCAAUGUCGCUCUGAGAUUGUGAUUCUAAAGCAUGGCGUUGCAGGAAGUUUGAAGAACAAGAAUAAAUCUAUUUCACCUGCUACUCCAGUGAAAAUGAAUGUUCAAAAAGCAGAGGGAACCACUUCAAGAAACAGUAGGAAUGCCAUGAAUCAGAAAGAUGAUGGAGUCAAGUCUGUCCAACUGGAUAAUAGACAAAGAAAUACUCCCAAAAAGGUGCCGAAUAGAUCAACAACAGGAAGGAUCUCCUCUCAGGUGCUCACCCACAACAAUCAGAAACAAAACUGUGCAUCGUAUAAGGACCGCACAAAUUUGAAACCUAGAGUUCCAUACCAACAUGACAGGAAAACAACUUCCACAAAUGAUUCCUGUAGGGAUGUCAAGACAUCCAAGAAGACUGUUGAAAAAUCGGUGGUUGGGGCCAGAAAGGCUCAGUUAGCGACGACAUCUGGAACGGGAAAAGAAUCAUUUUCUACAACAAAGAAAUUUUCUGGAAAGAAAAGGCCAACAGAAGGAGAUAAUAUCUUCGAUCGGGCUACUACUAAUAAUGUACUAAUCCAGGAAAAAGAAAGAUCUGUGAAGUGUAAUAUAACAAUAGAUGGAUCUUCCAAUUGGGAGCCUGUAGACAGGAAAAAUGGCAUGGAUGUUGUCUCUUUUACCUUCACGUCCCCUAUCAAGAAACCAGUGUCUGAAUCUGAGUCUUCUUCUGGUCAGUCAGGAGCUAAGAGUCGAGGUGUUUGUCUUAAGUUUCAGGAUGAUGUUGAUACAGGGGAUUCACAGUUCCCUUCGUUUGGGACACCUGUUAUUGACAGUGAUGCUUUGAGUGUUCUUUUGGAACAGAAACUAAGGGAACUAUCUUCUUUAGUUCAGACGACAGAGUGUGACAUUGUCAAAGGAAGUUCUACUCUAAGUUCUGCUUCUGAAAUGCCAGGUUCCCUUAUGCAGAAGGACAAGAGUGUCAUACAACAUGAUUCGGAUGUCUCCUCUUUGAUUGAACAUACACCGCUUAAAGUCAAUAUGGAGUGGCAGGGUGUUCAAGUGACAGAAUGUGAAACCAGCAGUGAAAACUAUGAAAGUGGAAUGAAACAUCAGUACCAGAAUCCUUGUACAAGCCCAAGUCUAGAACCCUCUUUAUCAGAUGAUAGUUGUGUCACAUCGAACAGCCUAAUAACCCUAACCAGUGACGGGAACAAACAAUAUAUGUCCGCAAGAAACAUGGAACUUUUUGCAGAAGAGAUAGAACUGCAAGAUUCUGCCACCUCUUUUCCCAGCACCAUAUUUAAUUUCACAUCCAUGGCAAGAUGGUCAUCACAAUGGCAGUUGGAGUACAUCAGAGAAGUGCUUAACUAUGCCGUAGAUGAUUUUGCUUUUAGCCAAACCCAAAAGGUCAUAAAUGUUAAUUUAUUUGAUCAACUUGAGAGUCAAAAUAAAUACAUGGGCCCAUUCAUGAAACUACAAAGGAAGGCUUUAUUUGAUUGCGUGAGCCUGUGUUUGGAAGCUAGAUAUGAACGUGCCUUCAGUGGAAGCUACGAAGAAUGGGCAAAAUGGUCGAUGAUGUUCAAAAAAAAGAAUUUAUUGGCAGCUGAAAUAGAGAUGGAGAUACGUAGUUGGACAAACAUGGAAGAUUUGGAUGUAGAUGAGGUUGUGGAAAAGGAUAUGAGUAGCGGGAAUGGGAAAUGGUUGGAUUUUAAAGUUGAAGCUUUAGAAGAAGGCGUUGUGAUUGAAACCGAUAUCUUGACAUUAUUGAUGGAUGAAAUAGUAGCUGAUUUUUUAUCUUGUUAAAAAUGUGUUGCAUUUUAUUUAGUUCCUGAUUUCUUAACUAAACUAUGAUAAAACAAUAGUUUGGCUCAUUAACAAUGUGUUUAGAUGGUUA